AACGAAAGUUUGGCUUGUUUUCUUUCUCAAAACAAUCGCAUCGUGCUUCCAUUCCUAACGUGACUUUAGCAGACAUCGCAUCGUGAUGGACAUUGUACACGAGUACGUGAAGCUCCGCAGUGACUUCGGCCGCCAAUGUCUCUUUUCGGACCGUCACGUGGAUCUGCUAACGGAUAUUCCUCCCAACAACAAACUGGCCUUACAGUUCUUUCAGAAGGAAACCAGAGAAAUUGGGGUGCAGGGCUGCUUCCAAAUGUCGGAGCAUGAGGUGAAUACAAUACGGUUUGAGUAUGACAACUGUGGGGUAAACCAUGUAGAAGGGGGAUGGCCCAAAGACAUCAACCCUCUAGAGAUGGAGCAAACUAUUCGUUUUCGAAAGAAGAUAGAGAAAGAUGAGGGCUACUUGAAUAGCAUGCAGGUGCUGGGCACGCUUACAGGACUCUGUGUGGGACAGAACAACGCUGUGGACAUCUAUGAACAGUACUUUGAGGAUGCUGAAUUGCUGGACGAGAUUCAAGAAGCGCCAUCUACCAAGACUGUCAAUAUCUUAAGGGACCCAAACCAGUUGAAAAGGACUGUCACCUCUCUAUCUUGGGAUCCUAACGGAGGCAGAAGUCUGGCGGCUGCCUACUCUUGUCUUGAGUCACAGAAAACCACUGCAGACAUGAGCAAACACUCAUAUAUUUGGAACAUUGAGAAUCCUAACAAACCUCAGAUGACUCUCGAACCAGAAUCUCAACUCAUCUGUCUGGAAUACAACCCGAAUGACUUGCACACUCUUAUCAGUGGCUGCUGCAAUGGACAGAUUGCGUUUUGGGACACCCGUGAAGGCAACCAUCCAGUAAACGUUUCAGCUAUGGAGUAUGGUCAUAGGGACCCUGUAUACAAGACAGUUUGGUUACAAUCCGAGACUGGGACUGAAGCUCUUUCUGGCUCCACUGAUGGACAGAUUAUGUGGUGGGAUGUACGCAAUCUCAGCGAGCCUACGGACCGGCUGGUUCUAGACCUAGCCUGGGAGGAAAACCUACUCAAUGCUUUGGGCGCCAUCUCUCUGGAAUAUAACAUCAGCAUGCCAGACACGUUCAUGGUUGGGACAGACCUGGGUGUUGUUCUGUACUGCAACAGGACGGCUAAGACUCCAUCUGAGAAGAUUGUCCGUUUGUACGAUGGCCACUACGGGCCCGUCUAUGCUCUCCAGAGGAACCCUUUCUUCCCAAAAUACUUUCUCACUGUGGGUGACUGGGGGGCCCGAAUCUGGUCGGAGGACAUCAAUGACUCAUCUAUAAUGUGGACUAAGUAUCAGAUGUCCUACUUGACAGACGCCUGCUGGAGUCCUGUCAGACCCUCUGUCUUUUUAACCGUGAAAAUGGACGGGGUGCUGGAUAUCUGGGACAUCUUGUUUAAGCAAAGUGACCCCACAAUGAGUGUCAAGCUGCGCGAUGAAGCUCUGUGUAGUCUCCGGGUCCAUGAGAAUGGAUGCUUGGUAGCUUGCGGCUCCCAGCAAGGAGUCAUACCAGUAAUAGAGAUCAGCUCCGGAUUGUGCACCCUACAGCAGAACGAACAGGACCUCAUGGAGGAGAUGUUAGAGCGUGAGACAACGCGGGAAAAGAUCCUCGGGGCUCGCCAGGAAAGAGAGGCCGGUAACAAAGAGCAGCUGAUCCUGAGAGCUGAGCGUGAAUUCCACAGUCUGCUGCAGACCGAGCAGAAGAGGAAGGAGUUGGAGUCAAAACAGCCAAAGUGACUCUGAUGGGUUGAAGUCUAACCCAAUCGGAAGUGGGAAUGCAGAGAGAUACUGUGAAUUGGUUAAUAACACCACAUGUGAGCAGCGUAGGACACGACACAAGAACCUGAUUGAGCGGGUAGAAAUAUUUGUAAAACUCAUCAAAAUAAGCAAAAUCCAAAGUAACAGAUAACCUUAGUUGGGAUGCUUGACUCCGAAGAUGUAUCUUGGCAUGGCGUUUUAUUAUAUCAACCACAAUGUAAUCACAACAUCUCUCUGCUUAUCUUAUCUCGGUUGUAGUCUGGAGAAGCAAAUAAACAAUCCAGAACAAGAAAGACUUAGUCAUCUUCUGGUCGUCAUUUCUCAGUCUGGCCAAUAGUUACUGUUGUGUCGCAGAUGCGUUGGCGACAGCUAUCUUCUCAGGCUAAAGUCAAAAGUCAGAACCCUCAGUCAUAGCAAGUGGUCUGUGCUCUUUCAUUAUUUUCCAUGUCAAAGACAAGUUAAAGUUAAAGUACCAAUGAUUGUCACACAAACACUAAGUGUGGUGAAAUGUGUGCUCUGCAUUUGACCCAUCCCCUUGUUCACCCCCUGGGAGGUGAGGGGAGCAGUGGGCAGCAGUGGUGGCCGCACCCGGGAAUCAUUUUUGGUGAUUUAACCCCCAAUUCCAACACUUGAUGCUGAGUGCCAAGCAGGGAGGUAAUGGCUCCCAUUUUUAUAGUCUUUGGUAUGACUCGGCCGGGGUUUGAACUCACAACCUACCAAUCUCAGGGAGGACACUCUAACCACUAGAGUUAGGCAUACUUGCCAACCCUCCCGGAUUUUCCAGGAGACUCCCGAAAUUCAGCGCCUCUCCCGAAAACCUCCCGGGACAAAAUUUCUCCCGAAAAACCCCCGAAAUUCAGGCGGACCUGAGUGACAACACACAACAGUGUCUACCGUAAAGCAGUUCGUCUGCUGUAAACAGCAAUGUUGUGACACUUUUAAACAGGACAAUACUGCCAUCUAUUGUACAUGCAUAUGUGACCCACCCAUAAUGUGUCACAUUUUUGUGUUGAUUUAUUUAUUUUAUUUUGUGGUUUGAAUUCGUUUUUGGAGCUGUCAUUACACAUUUAUCGGUAUUCACAUUGGUCAGUAGGGGGCAGUAGGGCGUUUCUUCCCAAUUGAAUGCUAUCACCUGCAGACCGGAAGUGUCUUGUCAUUCUGAUGAGCGCGACCAGUCUGUCCUGUGUGCUUUUUCCUCCUGUAUAACAGGUUAGUUUUGGUGAAUCAACUCACUGAAUAAUAUCCAUGUGAUCUUUAUAAGUUUAAGUACACAUUCUGAUGGUGGAGCCUAACUCUAAAGUGUUUGUGAGUUGUAGUUUGUAUUUGUGAAUGAAUCCAGUGCGCAGCUGCAGUAAUCAAUACAAAAAGGCGACGUGAGUGCGCAAUGUUUAUAUGGGAACUUCUGUCCUAAUUCAGACUCCCAAAUUAGAGCUCCCGUUUUCUUAUUGAUUUUGUAAUGUACAUUUGUAUAAUGUGUGUGUUCUGAAAUAGUGACAGAGAAUAGAACAAGGAUGGACAAUUCAACCCUUAACUCAACAAUGAGUAGAUGAGUGUUAUGUGUGUGUAUAUGUGUAAAUAAAUGAACGCUGAAAUUAAA